AUGAUCCGAGUGAAGUCGCGACGACUAAUUAAUAAAUUGCAGUCGAUGCUGACGUACAAUGGCUGUGCCGGAGGAACGGUAGACACUGAGAACGGUUCUCCAGCGGAGUCGCUUUUGUCCGGCGAAGGAGAACUCGGCGAGGAAGUCGGUGAUUCCCCAGGUACACCGAGGGACACGGAGGAGGAGGCGACGCUCUCGGAUGAAUUUUAUUCCCACGACACGGACGACGAGGAGGACCAAGGAAAGAAACGGAGGGAUCGCACCAAUUCCCUAGACGGUAUUUCGUCUUCCGGCGGUGGCCACCUUGGCUCGCCAACACCUCGAGUAGGAAACCUGGGAGUUCGAAAGUUGUUCACGAACAGCCGAGAACGCUGGAGGCAGCAGAAUGUCAGCGGUGCCUUUGCUGAGCUUCGAAAGUUGGUACCUACCCAUCCACCGGACAAGAAAUUAUCCAAGAACGAGAUCUUGCGCAUGGCGAUUCGGUAUAUAAGACUGUUAAGUAACGUCUUAGAAUGGCAAAAAGCUCAAGAUCGCAACGACACGACGCAACACGAGGUCCGGAUCAAAUGCGAGCCUAACUUCACUAUCCAAACUUCCACAGCCUAUCACACCAAGUCCACCGUGACGUAUCUUAAGCAAGAGAAGCAGAUAAACGAGAAUCAGUCGUACAGAACGAGCUUUCCAGGACAGAAACAGCUUCAGCAUCCAAUCUCUCACGUGGUGUACGACAAGAAUGGAAACAAUUUACUGAUGAUCGCGCCUAACGGUCACAGUAUACAGAAUUCCGUGAGCAAGAGAAGCGUGACACCGUCGACAGUGGCUGCUCAAAAUCCCCUACCAUCGAACACGCUGAGCAACGGAAGUCUGACGCGUUCUCCAGCUGCUCCGCGAGCCUCGAACUUUCCAAAAUCACCUCAGAUCAACGUGCAGGUAGUAACUAGCUCGAGUAUAUUAACAAAUUGCUCGUCGAGUGCGUCUGUGACGAGCAACGCGUCCGCCAUUAGCGGAAGUGCGGGCAAUUGUAACCAGAAGAGGCUGAAGAUCGAGAAAGAAGAGGAGGAACAGUCGUCCGCGCAGAGCAGAGAUUGCAAAACAUUGCCGUCGCCUGUGCAUGGCGUACCCACGAGGAAAAGGGUGAAGGUGACGUUCGUCAAAGACUCGAAUUCGGGGUUUCGUAACGAUUUUCGGAGCAUCGAUCGCAAGUAA